AAUCUUAGAAAUAACACCCAGAAAUAAUAUAUUAUUUUCUCACAUUUUCUUUUUUUUACUGUCAGAAAAAGAGCAAGUACUCAGCCACACGCCGGCUACUCUUAAAAGGGAAGCUGCUGAAGAAGGCGGCGUCUAUGCUAAUAGCUGAGAAAGAACAGAACAAACGGGACAGGGACAGUGCCCUAAACGAGAGAGUUCCUCCCCUCAAACUCUCUGGUCUGUCUGCACAGGAGUUGCAGGAGCUCUGCAAAGAUCUCCAUCGUAAGAUCGACACCGUUGAUGAAGCACGAUACGACCUUGAAGUUAAAGUGGCCAAAAAUGAAAAGGAGAUCCAGACUUUAUCACAAAAGAUUGGAGAAAUGAAGGGCACCAUGAACAGAACCAAACUGAAGAGAGUGAAAAAAACUGCAGACGACAAGCUCGGUGCCUUGACUGAAUUAAAAUCCUCAAAGGCUGACUUCAAAGCCAACCUGAAGACAGUCAAGAAAGAAGAGGAGAAGAAAGAGGAGGUGACUGACUGGCGUAAGAACGUGGAGGCCAUGUCCGGCAUGGAGGGCAGGAAGAAGCUGUUUGAUGCUGGUCAAUAAAAGGUGGCUUACCCAAGAAUGAUGUAUGCUAAGAUCAGAAGAACCCCUGUGACAUUUGCCGAAACUGAAACCUCAAGCAAGAGUAUUGAAACUCAGUGGCAAGAAUCACCAUUUUGAUCUGUGUAAAAAUAUUUUUGUGAUGUGGAUUUGUAUGUAUUUAUGAUUAUAGGUAAUAGGUAUGUUUUAUGUCUCUAAUUUGUGUCUCACUGCGAGCUUAGCUUUUUGCUCAAUACCUGUUGCACAAAAAUACACUUUUAUUAUUUUUGUGCUUUGUGAUAUAUUAGAACUGCGGGUAAAAUGAGCAAAAACGUUCAGUCAAAUGAAAAAAAAAAAACAACAAACCACUGUGUAAUGGCAUUCCACAAUUAAAUACGACACGAUGUUCUGAUGAAACAGGUGUGGUGUUUCACUCUCUAUACGUGUGGUGUCAGUGCCGCUCCAGCAUGCUAAUGUUCUUACAUUACAACAUACUGACCAUGUUCACACACAUGCUACACAUUCAGGUUUAAUGGUGAAACCUUUAUGUUGACUUUGUGUGUGUGUUUUUUUAAUACGAAGGCGCUAUAUUAAGGUUUCUAUAAGUGAUGCCAUAGAAUUAUUAAAUAUUUUUGUGUCCAUUAAAAUGGUAUGUGUGAUUGUGAACAAAACUUGGUAAAAAAAAACAAACAAGCAAAAAAAACCAGUAGCAUAAAGUAAAGGAUUUGUCACACUCUCAGAUCUGGAACCAGAAGUGGUUCUUCUAUGGCUUUUCUCAAAUAAUCCUUGUUGCACCUUUUUAAGAUUUUAAGAGUGUAGGCCCAAAAAUUCCUAAUCAUGCUCUAUUCAGUCUCAUUAAUUGAUCACAUUAAUAAUUUCAGUUCUAGGCCUAAGGUUCACAGAGACAGAUUUUUCACAAGCCUCUACUCCCUUGUAGGGUCAAACAAUGACAGGAGGAAGGUGCCCGGGCCCUGGCAAUGCACGCAAUUGUGUUUUGCUGCUUCUAAGUAAAGUGAGCUUCAAGCGUCCUGGUCUAUUUUAGUGAGCCACUCACAGAAGGCCUUUGAAGCCAUAAAACUUGAUUGUUCUUCCUGGAGAACCGGCACUGUCUCACACUGCUCACUCUCUUGGGGAUUUCCUACACAGAUAAGG